AAUCAGUUGUUUUGUUAUUUCAGAUUAAUCAAACUUCUAUAACUAUUAACCCUAGAAAUUUCAUCUGCAGUGUAUUGUAUAUGUAUUCAAAAUGCAUUCUAAAUUUAUUUUACUGGCAUUGCACUUCAUCAUAUAUUCUGCAUGGGCUAACGAAUUUCUAGUAUCACUACCAAAUGGACCAGUAAGAGGGAGAAAAGAAGUGUCAGCAAGAGGCGCAACUUUUUACGCUUUCCAACAAAUCCCCUUUGCUAAACCCCCUGUUGGUAAGCUGCGAUUCCAGGCGCCUGAACCGGCAGAGAGUUGGGAAGGCGUGCUCGAUGGAACUGUUAGCAACAAAAUAUGUUACCAAUGGACUAGCAAUGAAAAUGCUGUACUGACAGAAGACUGCUUAUACGUGAAUGUAUAUACCCCGGUAGAACCCAGCAUGGGUGCUUCUUUGCCUGUGAUAGUCUACAUCCAUGGUGGUGGAUUCGUUAGUGGUGAUGCCCUCUUCACAACCCGAGGACCCCAUUAUUUCAUGGAAUAUGGUGUCGUCGUCGUCACUGUCAAUUAUCGGGUCGGGCCAUUUGGUUUUCUGUCGACGGGAGACCGGAUUAUACCAGGAAACUAUGGCCUGAAGGACCAGAACCUAGGCCUGAAAUGGGUCCAGGACAAUGUCAAAUACUUUGGAGGUAACCCCGAUGAAGUUACGAUAUUUGGAGGUAGUGCUGGUGGAGCAUCAGUAACCUAUCACAUGCUAAGCGCACAAUCGAAAGGACUUUUCAGAGGUGCCAUCUCAUCGAGUGGUUCGGCUUUAUGCCCUUGGUCAUACCAGAGAAACCACAAAUCUAUGGCCUACCAGAUGGCAGCAGUCAUCGAUCCAUCGCUCAGCCCUAAUGCUACCUCUGAAGAACUGUUGCAGCUCUUCCAAGAGGCUACAACUGAACAAAUUGCUGAAGCCAGCAGUAUAUUCCAGGAGAGCGUAGGACGUACUCAAAUUGUCCAAGGAUUCUGGUUUACUCCGGUGGUAGAACCCGACCACGAAGGAGCUUUCCUCACAAGAAGGAUGUACGAUGCUAUUGCCGACGGCAGUGUCAGUCAAGUGCCGAUGCUGAUGGGGCUGAUGUCUGAGGAACAACUGUCCAAGGCUCAAAAUUUAGACAGCUUCGAGGAAGAACUUGCUCAACUCGAGAACGACAUUGGACUAUUGGUCAACGAUGACAUGCAUAUUAUAAGCAGCGGCAUGAAAGCCCUUGCAGGUGAAGCUAUCCGUCAAAUCUACACUAAUGGAUCUUUCCUUGAUGACAUAGCAGGAGCCGUAAAGUAUUUUAGCGACACAUCCUUCUCUCGACCCGUCAUCCACCACGCAAGACUGCAAUUGCAGUACAGCGACGUCUUCUUCUACGUAUUCUCGUACCAUGGGGAACUAGGAGGAAACGACAUGUAUGUCGAAGGUGCUGGUAGAGUCAACCACGUAGAAGACGCCAAGUAUACUUGGGCUGUUGGCAACUACAGUGACUUGAGUUCAGCUGAUCCCGCCGACGUUUUAACAGUUCGGCGGUACUUGAAGCUGUUUACAGACUUUGCUAAGACAUUACAUCCAACACCAGAACCAUCGAGUCUUCUACAACGAGUCAUUUGGCCCAAAGCGAGAGCGACCAAUUUCCAAUAUUUGGAUUUUGGCGUCGAUAUGGAUAUCAAGAGCAAUCCCAAAGACGAUGCCUACAGGAAGUGGGUCCAGCUUUAUGAAGAUAUGGCCAUUAAACCAUACGACACGUUCUAAAAAUUUCUAAACGAUUUCAAAAUAAAUUUAUUUUCAUGUUU